AUGACAGAAUCAUACGAUUCCGAUGGACCUCGGACCCCUGCGUUGAAGCCCCAAACGAUCAAUUACCUGCCAAAGGUGUCACCGCCUCCAUUCGAUACCGGAGAUCAGUCACCCAAGGGCGGUCUACCUAAGCACGAUGCAGAGGCACAGUUUCCGAGCAGUUCGCAGCCUAAUCGACCUGACAUAGCCUGGUUCGAAACUGAACAUCCGCUUCACCGCAGCACUCCAGCGGACGACCCCCAUCCGGACCCUCCCAAGUUCCUAUUCGCCCCGGAAAAAUCCUCCGUGGAGACCAAGGAGCCUGUAGAUGUGGCGAGAAAGGCUCUCAACUUGAUCAGUCCGAGCGAGCCCAAGGAAGGAGGCCCGUCUGUAGGCCCGAAGGAUCCUCCAACAGCCUACAAGGAACCACGCCGACCGUCCAUCCCAGUGGAAGAACCUGCGCUCAAAGAAGAACAGCAGCAACACACGCUGCCUAAUAUCCCUCAUAUCUCACAUCUAUUCCAGGAUGGGAAACUACCUGAUCCUGAUGCACGAUUAAGCAAGUUGCUGAUAGCACCGUCGGAGCCAACAGCUCAGCUCCCCGCCCUCCACCCGUCAGCAACGGCGAGAUCCGUGAAUCAUAACCUGCCCUCCCUUUCAACGGCAUUGGCCGGUGUUACCGAUGUACCACCACCUGCUGGUGCCGGACGUCUGAAUGGCUCGUCUUUCGGGCCUUUGCCUCCGGUCUCAUCUUCUUCUCCCCCAGUAUCAAGGACAGAUCCUGUCUGGGAGCACCAACGCUUAGGCCAGAUUCCGCCUCCUCCCCCGCAAGUCCCGCCCAGCCCCUACUCGCACUUGUCACCAGCGAGCUCGAAGGACAUGUCGGCCAUGUCGUCGCCCGCAUCCCAGCAGGCUUACUGGCGGCCGCCUAUCAAGGCGGACAUAACGUAUCUCACUUCAACAUAUGAGACUGCGCCGCAGACGGUCAAGAGCCCCGCAACAAGCUAUCCCACCCCGACAGAUCAGACUCCAGCAUCAACCUGUGAUCGGUCAUAUAAUCCCCCCACACACUCGAACGGAGCGGUCUCCACAGGCACAUACAAGUGCCGUCACCCUGGCUGCACCGCAGCCCCGUUCCAGACACAAUACCUGUUGAACUCCCAUGCAAAUGUUCAUUCUCAGGAUCGCCCGCAUUUCUGCCCCAUAGCUGGCUGUCCGCGUGGACCCGGCGGGAAAGGAUUCAAACGGAAGAACGAGAUGAUUCGACAUGGCCUUGUCCAUAAUUCGCCUGGAUAUGUAUGCCCCUUUUGUCCAGACCAACAGCACAAAUACCCUCGACCGGACAAUCUGCAACGACACGUCAGGGUCCACCAUGUCGACAAGAGCCGAGAUGAUCCGGCUCUCAGGCAGGUCCUAUCGCAAAGGCCAGAGGGUAGUACGCGUGGACGACGCCGUCGGAACAACGUACCGUGA